CCAUCUCAUCCUUGUAAAUUUCCCAUCCCAUUCCCAACAACUUCUGCCCUGACUCUCACAAAAAGUUGCACUUCAUUGUCCUUCUGUUCUAGCUUUCCUCGUUUACGUAUAGCCAACCUCCAAACCUCUGCUUAAGAUGGCAUCCAACGGGAAUGGCAGCGUUGCAAAUGGUAACGGGACAGCUAAGAACGGAUUGGCCAAGAUUCAGACACACAAGAAGCAUAACGGGAUUUGUCACGACGACAGCGUUCCCACCGUGAAGGCGCAGACUAUUGACGAGCUUCACUCGCUGCAGAGGAAGAGGUCUGCACCCACCACACCCGUUACGGGGUCUCAGGCUCCCUUCGCUACCCUUUCGGAGGAAGAUCGUCAUAAGCAGCAACUCCAGUCCAUCAGUGCAUCUCUGGCGUCACUGACCAGAGAAACGGGACCGCAACUGGUGAAGGGAGACCCAGCUAGGAAGGCAGAUACCAAGGUUACUCACGUGCACCAUCAUGUCACUCCCACCAUUGCUGUCAGCGACAGUGCUCUGAAAUUCACCCAUGUCCUCUACAAUCUCUCCCCUGCUGAACUUUACGAGCAAGCGAUCAAGUAUGAGAAAGGAUCAUUCAUCACUGCCACGGGGGCAUUGGCAACACUUUCAGGGGCCAAAACAGGUCGCUCUCCGAGGGACAAGCGCGUCGUCAAGGACGAUCUGACUGAGAAUGAGCUUUGGUGGGGAAAGGGUUCCCCUAACAUCGAGAUGGACGAGCACACUUUCAUGGUGAACAGAGAGAGAGCCGUUGAUUACUUGAACUCCUUGGACAAGGUGUUCGUGAAUGACCAAUUCUUGAACUGGGACCUGGAGAACAGAAUCAAAGUCCGGAUUGUCUCUGCGAGAGCUUACCAUUCAUUGUUCAUGCACAACAUGUGUAUCCGUCCCACUCCCGAAGAGCUGGAGAGUUUUGGUACUCCGGACUUCACUAUUUACAAUGCUGGACAGUUCCCGUGUAACCGUUAUACUCACUACAUGACAUCCUCCACUAGCAUAGAUCUAAAUCUUUCUAGGAAGGAAAUGGUCAUACUCGGCACACAAUACGCCGGGGAAAUGAAGAAGGGUCUUUUCAGUGUCAUGCAUUAUCUCAUGCCUAUGCGUCGAAUCCUCUCCCUUCACUCUGGAUGCAACAUAGGCAAAAAUGGGGAUGUUGCUCUCUUCUUUGGACUCUCAGGUACUGGAAAGACCACUCUUUCUACCGACCAUAAUAGGUAUUUGAUCGGUGAUGAUGAACACUGUUGGGGUGAGAAUGGUGUCUCCAACAUUGAAGGUGGUUGCUAUGCCAAAUGCAUUGAUCUCUCCCGGGAGAAGGAGCCUGAUAUUUGGAAUGCAAUCAGGUUUGGCACAGUGUUGGAAAACGUGGUGUUUGAUGAGCAUGAUCGCGAUGUUGAUUACUCUGACAAAUCGGUUACCGAAAAUACUCGUGCUGCUUAUCCCAUUGAAUACAUUCCAAAUGCAAAGUUACCUUGUGUUGGUCCUCACCCAAAGAAUGUCAUACUUUUGGCAUGUGAUGCAUUUGGUGUACUACCACCUGUGAGCAAGUUGAACCUGGCCCAGACCAUGUACCAUUUCAUCAGCGGAUAUACCGCUUUGGUGGCUGGCACAGAGGACGGUAUAAAGGAGCCACAGGCAACUUUCUCGGCCUGUUUUGGUGCAGCAUUUAUUAUGCUACACCCUACAAAAUAUGCAGCAAUGCUUGCUGAAAAGAUGCAGAAACAUGGUGCCACUGGGUGGCUUGUUAACACUGGUUGGUCUGCUGGCAGCUAUGGUCAAGGGAGUCGUAUUAAGCUCCAAUACACAAGGAAAAUCAUUGAUGCUAUUCACUCCGGAAGUCUCCUGAAUGCAGAGUACAAGAAGACUGAAAUUUUUGGGCUUGAGAUCCCCACCGAAGUGGAGGGUGUACCUUCUGAAAUCCUGGACCCAGUGAACACAUGGUCAGACAAGAAGGCCUACAAGGAGACGCUACUGAAGUUGGCUGGAUUGUUCAAGAAAAAUUUUGAAACCUUCACCAGCCACAAGAUUGGCAAGGGCAACAACAACCUGACAGAAGAGAUUCUCGCCGCAGGUCCAAUCUUUUGAGACAAUGAUGUUUGGAUGGGAUGUAGGAUGGGAUGUUAGGAUGGUAGAAAAAAUGUCGCCUUAGAAUAAUAUGGUAGUUUGGUUGGUUCAGAUUAACAUUUCAUUCAAGUCUUUAUAAAGAAUGCAGUUUACAUUCAA